AUGCCAGUGAAGAGCAGCGCCAGCUUCCGGAUGACUGCGGUGCCGAUGGUGGUGGCAGCGCAGCUGCUGGCGGCCGCCGUGCUUGCGCUCGCGCUCGUUUGGGCGCUGCACUUCCGUGGCGGCGUCUCGUGGGAGCGGACAUCCAACCCUCUCCUCGUCUACACGGCACACCCUCUGUUCAUGGUGAUUGGCUUCGUCAUCUGCACUGGACAAGCGGUCAUGGCGUACAGGAUCGUGCUUGGGCCGAGGCCGGCCAAGAAGGUGGUGCACCUGCUGCUGCAUCUCGUAGCAAUGGCCUUUGCCGCCGUCGGCCUCUACGCCGCCUUCAAGUACCACCAUGACACUGGCCUCCCUGAUCUCCACUCCCUGCAUUCUUGGAUCGGGAUUGCCACAAUAGCGCUCUAUGCUCUUCAGUGGCUGGUGGCAUUCGUGUGCUUUUUGUUCCCUGGGGCUGCGAUGACAAUGAGGGCAGACUACGCACCAUGGCACAUCUUCUUUGGCAUUGUCAUCUUCCUCAUGGCCAUUCUCACCACUGAGACCGGCUUGGCAAAGUUCGUCUUCCCCUUCAAUGACUACCCGAGCGAAGCAUUCGUCAUCAACUUCACCGGGCUUGCCAUCCUCAUGUUUGGUGUGGUUGUCAUCUUAGCUGUCAUCCUUCCAUCAAGAUACUAG